UCAUUUGACUUUGGUUUUUUAUUUAACGCAUUCGACGCUUAAAGACGUGCCCAAAAAUCUCGGCGAAAAUGUAUUUGCGUGAAUAUUUGCUAUUUUGUAUAUUACUGGUUUCGCAAAAGUAUAUCGCUUGUAGAAAUUUAGAUUAUUCAACGGAAAAUACAAAUAAUACUAUAUUAUCGUCUAAUAUUGAUGAAAAACAAAAUGACACAAAAAUAUUAGAAGAUUAUAUGGAUAUUAUUAAUUCGUCUGAUGACGAUGAAAUAGUAUUAAAGCAGUUAAAUGAGUUGGCUGACGAUACAGAAAUUAGGCAGAGAAUGAAUGAGUUGUCUGACAAUACAGAAAUUGUGCAGAGAAUGAAUGAGUUGGGAGGAACUGAACCAGAACCAGACGACGACGUUUGGUACCUUAAUCCUCAUGGAAUCCGUCUAUCAUAUGGAGCAGUGAUCUUAUUAAUGAUUUGGGUUGCAGUAAAACUAUGUAGACUAUGUUUGGACUGCCAUACACGCUAUCAACGUAUGAAAUAGAUUGGAAAUAAUGCUUUACUUAAUUUUUAUUCUAUAAAAAACAAGUAAACAUGUUUUAAUUUUAUUUUAUAAUGUUUAUUAUCUUUAAUGAUGUAUAAGUUGUGUUACAUGUUCAGGCCAUGAUAAAAAUUAAAUUAUAAAAUACA